UGGGCCUUUCGUCCGAAUUAUUUGGCCCAGUUUGAAUUUAUUUGCCCGGCCCAGCUUCUAGGGCCUUCAUGUUACGCUUCUGCUCAUAUAAAAGCACGAACGCAAAUGUCCCAACCCUAGAAUCGCUGUUUUUCCUCUCGCUCCUCCUGUGGGCGGCGCCGCCGCUGCGCACAGAACACAUCCUCGCCAGCGUAGCUUCUCCGGCGUCCGGCCAACGCGCUCACUAGCCUCCCGCCUUCCUCCACAUCUCCUCGCCUCCACCCCAUCCAGUUCGUGCCAUUCGCUGCUCCAAGACAAGGGCAUGGCGCUCGGCGGCUGCGGCAACGAAGCUGAUGGUGCACGAGCCAACCAUGGAGGCAGUAGCACGGGGCAGCGACAGCAGCAUGGAGGGCGUCCUCUUGUUUGGGAAGGUAAUGGAACUGCAAAUAGGAGUGGCAGCGGCGACCAGGAUGCAAAUGGAAGUGGUUCCCAAAGACCUUGGAAAGGACUUAAAGACAAUAACUUAUAUGAUCCUUGGAACCAUGCAUGGCCGUAUUAUGGGGGUUUUGAUUGCACGUACUACAGCCUAAAGCACAAAGGUGGAGGUGCAACCCGUGUCGCGGAGCACCUUGGUGGUAUUGUAGGUAAUGUGAGGAGCUGUCCCAAUGUGCCAAGAAAUGUGAGAGAUGCAAUGAGAGAGUGCCGGGAUGAAUCAAGGAGGAAGAAAAGAGAAACAAAAUAGCAGGCUGAGAAUUGAAAGAAAUAUUAUGGAAGGGUUGUAUAAAAAAGGAGGGGUGGUUAACGUACCAGAUGAUGAUGAAGAAGAAAUUCAGAUGAAUAUUAGAGAAGCAUUGCGUGACCCGAAUGUCUCUCGCAGAAUUGAAAGGAGAAUUGGCAAGGGGGGUGUGGGUGAUGUGCAUGUUUCUGUUGGUAAAAGGAGUAUCAGCGCCUAUUUUGACAGGCAAUUAUCUAGCAACAAAGUAUCUAUGCAGCCCAAGAUCAGUAGUGCUUUGGAUCCUAAUUCAAGAGAUGCACUUGGUCUAGCUUGGUCCAAGUUUUUUCAUGCCAAUGAUAUUGCUGGACGUAAAGCUGAUUGCCCAUACUUUCGAGCUGCUGUGAAGAUCACUCAACAAUUAGGGCCUAUUCCUAUACCAACCGCGAAGGAGAUUGAUGGGCCAUAUUUGGAGGCCAACUAUGAUGAAGCUAAUUCGUUUCUUAAAAAAUUCAAACAAGACUGGAAGAACUUUGGUGUGACUCUUAUGUGCGAUUCUUGGACUGGUCCUACAGGAAUGAGCAUCAUAAACUUCAUGGUGUAUUGUAAUGCACGAAUGUUCUUCCUCAAUACCAUUGAUGCAUCCGGACAAACUCAGAAUUCAGAAAUGGCACGUGAGCAAAGGAUAUCAAGAAGCUUUUGGAUGUUGGGAAGCUUGGAGCUGAUGCUUCAAAUAAGCUGAUGGUUGUCUUUUGGAGAUGUUUCUAUGUUUAAUGCUUUAAAGUCUUUUGGCUGUACUGGACUAUUUAAACUUUGAACUAUGCUGUGAUGGUUGAACUGAUGCUGGACGGUUAAGGGUUUAUGUCAGAGGCAACUUUAUAACUAA